AUGCCCAAAGAGCUUACCCGAAACCAAGUCUCUAAUGGGCUGACAUACGUCGCCAAUACUCCUUCAUUCCUCAAAAACUUUGGCAAACCUCCCCCUUCGCCUCCUCCAGCGGAACGAUUUGACCAUUCUGAAUCGUCCGGUCGACCAGGUAGAGAACCGUUACCUGAACGACCCAGAGAUGGCAAAUGGGCUAAAGGUUCAGAUGAUGAGAAGGACGACACGAAUAAUCCAGACUCGGAUGACGAAUGGGGCGAGAUCUACGGAGGUGGAGGAGAGGAUGGACCUCAGGUGGUGGUGCUAAAGGAGGGGAGACAUCUUUCAGCGGAUGAGGUGAAGAGAGAACGCAGGCGAGCUGCUGGGAAGCCCUCAAAAUCUCCGUCACCAGAGGCAGCCGCCCUACCAGCUCCGAACGAAAAGGAGACCGCUAAGCCUAAAACGCAGAUCAUCAAAACGGCAUCUACGUCCUCGAAGCGCAAGCUGGUUGGUAAGGAGGAGUCCAAGCCGGAUGCAUUGACAGCUGCUGUGGCGAAGCCAAAGAAGAAGAAAAAGAUGGAUAAGGGAUUGCUCAGCUUUGACGAGGCGGAUGGCGACUCAUGA